UCUUGUCCACUCUGACCCCCUCUGUUACGUCCCGUACGUGUCCUGCACCUCCCUGCACGUCGUUGACCAGACAAGAAUCCUCUGCUCGACUCGCUGCUGCCUCCAUCCUCCAGCGAUCAUCCUUACACUUGAUUGACGCUCUGCACCCUUUGAUCGACGCCUCCCACGAUGUCGCGCGCCUUCUGCAUCCCGGGCAUCUUCUUCAUUUUCGCGGCACUCGUGCUCAACUUCUUGGUGUCCAUCUCUUUGCCGUACCUCACCGCCCUGGACGUCGCGCGCGCAACGGUAAACACUGGAAUCUCGGCGGGGAAUGUCGAUAGUGGCGUGCGCGAAGUUAGGUUCGGCGUAUGGUCUUCAUGCGCCUACACGGACGAUGGCACCAAAACGUGUCGUGAUGCCAAGCCCGCCUACUCUGUUGGCUUCAGCGACCCUAAGGAGCAGGAUGUGAGCGUCACCGUAGGACCGUCCUGGACCCGCGGCCUCGUCUUACACCCCAUCGCCACCGGCGUCACCUUCAUCGCCCUCCUCUUCUCCUUCUCUACGCACAUCGCCGUCUCCCUCAUCGCCUCCCUCCUCUCCUUCCUCUCCGCGGUGCUCACCCUCAUCGCCUUCGCCAUUGACAUCGCGCUCUUCGUGUACGUCAAGCACCAGAUCAAGAAGCUGCCCAAUGUUGAGGGGACGGGAAAGCCGGGGCCGGGCUUCUGGAUGACCCUCGUCGCCUUCGUCAUCCUCCUCCUCGCCGGCUGCACGGUGUGCUUCGGUCGGCGGAGGCAGCGGAUGUCGAGCGCGACAGCGUACCCGAUGACGGAGGCGCGCGCGCCGUUCUGGAAGCGCGCGUUCAGGCGGAACUAGAGGGCGCGUCAUCUAUUCGCUUUGGCGGCCAAGUGAGGAUUGCACUGAGGCGCAACUAGACAUUGGCUCUGCACUCAUGGCUUGGUGGCAGCUGCUCA